AGGAAUUCAAGCGUGAUGUUGUUUGGAUUUUGGACUCGUUUCGUAGCAUAAUGGAAGACACCUCUAAAACAGAAACAUUCAUUAUGGAUUGUGCGCAAGCCGAAAUAGGAGCAGUGAAGUUAACACACAGAGAAGCGCACAUUGUUCUUUGUUCUUUUCAUGUUUGUCGUGCAUUUUGUCGUAAAACGCGGAAUCCCAUUGUUAAGAACUACUUAUGUCGCUUAAUUCAGUGUAAAAGGAGAUCUGAAUUUAACUUCUAUUUCAGAGUUAUAAGCCGAUUGGAUGUUGGUGUCAGUCAGUAUUUACAACGUCGUUGGAUGAGUCGACGACACUUGUGGGCAGCAGCUUUCAGGGAACAUGUACUGACUUUGGGUAAUGAUACCAACAAUCGAGUAGAAAGUUCUCACAAGCAGAUGAAGCGGUACUUGCUUAGAUCAGAUAGUCUGCAUCAAAGCAUGCUGAAGGUUCACAAAUGGUUUCAACUUAGUAAUUCUAGAAUAGAGCAGGAGUCCAUGAUUGCUCAGUCGCG